GACAAUGUCAAAAACAUCCGGCACACGGUUUAUCCGGUUUCGGUAGCGAAUCGGUACACGAAUAAACGAAGUUCCACGGUGUUUAAAAAAAAUUGCGCACACACACACAUGUGCAUACAUUACGAAAACAAAAGUCCAUUAAAUUCCGCUGUCAAGGAGGUGUUCGUAAAGUGCAACCUUAGCAAAAUAUGUGCUAAUUACCGUUCACUGCAGUUGCUUCCCGUGCUUGCUGCUAUGGGAAAUGAACAGUCCCAACUGAAAGGAGUCGAAAUCAGCAAGAAAGCGAUUCAGGUGACUGACUACUGGUCACUGUACAAUGGCGAACUGCCGAACGCGAACGGCGCACCGAACAGUAUAUCCAUAUUCCAAGGUGAAACCCUAGUCAGUGGACAGUUCUGGACGAACCAAAACCCGCUUGAGCGGGCGAUAAAGAAUCUGAAAAUCUAUCGCCAUCCCUACAUACUGAAGUACUUUGCAUCAUGGAGCAAGGGUUCGCUAAAGAUGCUUGCGACGGAACGGUGCCGUCCGCUGGCGACGUGCCUGAACAUAACGAGCGACGUACAGAUUUGUCUAGGACUGAGGAACAUCCUGUGUGCGUUGAUUUUUCUCCUCGAACAGGCAGCUGUGCGGCAUCUAAGCAUAAGCAUUUCAUCGAUCUACGUCACGGAGGACGGUGCGUGGCGUUUGGCCGGAUUUGAGCAUCUGUGGCGUACGAGCGAUUUCAACCAAACGCUGUUGGAAAAAUCUCAACCAUAUCGUUACACCAAAGCGAUCGAUUCCAGCGAGCUUACGGGCAAGGGCCAAGGUUUGGAACAGUUUGCCUUCGGUGUGAUGUGUGAGGAAAUACUGCACAACAAGACGGACACUAACAUUCCCUCGGUGGAGGAUUUCAAAGCGUACUGUGCGACACACCUGAAGCAUGGGAAUCCUGCAAUGCGACCGAAUCUAUCGGCCGUACUGCUGCAUCCGAUCUUCAAUCAUGACUUCAUAUUGAUACAUUCCUUCCUAACCGAGCUGCCACUGAAGGGGAACCAGGCGAAGCAGGAGUUUUUCAUCAGUCUUGCCGAUCGGCUCCGUUCGUUCGAUCCGGAAACGGUAGCGGAACAGAUGUGUUCCUUACUCCUAUCACGCAUCGUCCUGCUCGACACAACGGCACAACUGUGCGUCACUCCGUACGUGUUGCGGCCGAAGAGUGACGAUCUUUCACCGGGGCUGUUUACGCCGAAAAUAUUCUCCGCGUACAUUUUGCCAAAGGUCAAGCAAGUGUUCUGUGUACAGGAUGCCCAGAUACGGCUCAUUCUGUUAGAAUACUUCCCGGCUUAUGUGGAGUUUUUCACCAAGGAGGAUCUGCAAGAUCACAUACUACCUCAGCUUUUGCUCGGAAUAAAAGACACGAACGAUGUGCUGGUAGCGAAAACGUUGCUUUGUCUGGCGGAUCUUGUACCCAUCCUUGGCUCGGCCGUAGUAAUUGGUGGCAAUCGUAGCAAAAUUUUCGCGGACGGAAGACCGCAAGGCAUACCGGAUGCUACAAACCCUUGGAGCGGAGUGCGAUCCAUCACACCCGUCAUCGGGUCGGGUGAGUUUCUGUCCGGUAGUCCCGUGCCAGAUGCAGCAGGCGACAAUAGUACAUCGUUUUCUUCGGUACUGAUGGGUCCGGGCAAUUUUAACAUCAUGCCAGAACGGUUAUCACCCGAAGGGGAAGACAUCUAUCAGACGAACUCAGAUGUCGAGCUGGAUGUAGAUGAGUGGAGCGAUUGGGAAAACGAUGGCAAUGAACAGCCAGCGGUGAACCAUUUGCGAUUACUAGAUACAGCUGCAACGGAACCAGCGUCAACCGUGUUUGGGAUAAAUGGAACGUCGGAGGAUCUCCACCAUCCACCGGAAUCGAACGUUGCCACCACGCUGAGUAGAGAAAAUUCGACCGAAAGCAAAACGAAACAAACCAAAGGACCUCAUCAUCAGUCAGCGGAAACCAUCGAACGAUUGGACAUCAAAACGCAACCGGUUCGCAAAUCCGAUCCAACGGCAGGAGAAGAGUAUGAUUUCUUCAAAGACAUGGAGCCCGUCAUUCAAAAGGCAAACGUACUGCUUAUCGACGAGGAUGUAUCGUCAAAGCAUGAUGGAAACGCCGAACAAAGUUUGAACAAACAGGAGCUGGAAAGCAAACGCGAAUCGGUCCCGGUGGCUGAGAAUGUGGUACACGAGCUUAGCGAAAAAGAAGAAGAAAUUCCACUCGUAAAUAGCAGCAGGUUAGAAAUUAAGGUGGAUGACAUGGAAACCACCGAGGAUGGUUGGGGUGACGAUGGUAACGACGAUGAAUGGUAAAUGGUAACAUGCAGCGUAUAAACCGUCAACCGUGUAAAGCUCUUAAACUAAGCCUUUUGUUUUCUUUUGAUUUAGCACUAAGAAAUAAAGAGAUUUUAAGAACGGUUACCCACCCUGAAA